AUGUGGGUUUUGUCUCGCGCUGUCGCCAUCCGUCUCAAUACGCCAGAAUCGUCGACGACGGCCAUUCAUCAAGUGUUGCCGACGGCGUCAAGGCUGCAAAAACGCUCCCUUACCGUGCGUUUCCGUCUUUUAUAAGUCAGUGGGUUAAACAAAGGAAAAGGAAGCUUCCUAUUACUUCCUUCUACGGAGAUGACUCGAAUUCUUGAAAGGAAUUCACUUUUGUAUCUGAUUAUCUCCUUUCAAAAGUUCUUUUUUCACUGGGGUUUGGUCCCCCUGGUGAGCUGAUGGCUGCAAGGGGAAUGGCUUGAAGCGUGAUGGACCCAUAUCGUGAGCGCGCCCGACUCGGAACGGCUAUGGAGCCAGGCUAUCGGAAACAAUUAGGAAACAAUCAAACCAAUAUUAAAUUCAGGUUUUCACACUUUUUUUUGUCGACCCAUUUCAAAAGUAGGAUUUCUGCUGUAAUAUGAGCUGGUGGAGCUCAUCUUUUCUCUCAUCUUUCGAAAGAACUUUGUUCUCGCCAGCUUCCUUUUUUUUUCAACUUUAUUCAUGCUGACAAAACUCACGAAAGUUCUAGUGUCCCUGUAAAGUGCGGCCUAUUCGUUGGCUAUAAUCUGUCCUAGAGUAGAACCGGUCCAGCAUUCACCAAACUUGUCAUAAUCUGCAUUGAAAUUCUGGAGCGACGCCAGCCGACGACUCUGCAAGGCGAAGAGAUGAUGUCACUGUUCUCUGAACCAUGA